AUGGUAGACCGCGUAGAAUGCUCGGGUGUCUUUAUCGACGACCGAGUGCGGUCGGAAAGAUGGGUGCGCAGAAAUUCUAUAGACACAUCAACCAUCUCAUCGGCAGGCUCCUUCGUCACGCCUGAAGAGCCGGAGGCCCUGCAGGCGGACGUGGAGCUACUUUUGGAAGUGUGCAGGCAAGUAUACCUCUGCCACAAUGGAUCCUCCUUUGCCACAAAGCUGGCCGAACUCAGCGACCGGGCCGGCAGCGACUGUAACCCAAUUUUCGCAUUCUUCGAGGUGGAUUUUAGCGGCGAGGAAUCGAACCUAGCGCGCCGGAAAGCGAGUCGGGCGUCAUGGACUGACAACGCCCCUCCUUCACCGGGCUCCAUUCACCGGACCUUCACGUUCUCAACCCAAUCCGACGAGGCACGUGGCCUGUCACUUCUGUCCGGCGUUUCAAAUGACAUACAGGUUCAAGAGGGUCCGAAUUUAGUCAUCCCAAUCGCCAUAUUACGCCUUCCGUCUACCGAUACACCCCUUGAUACUCCCGGUGCUGGCCCUACCAGCACGCCACGACCCCAAGGACCCCUCACAGUGGAGCACAAGCAGAUUGCGCGCUGUCUGGAUGCUGGUGCUAUAGAUGUUUUGACAACUCCCCUCGAUCGAUCGCGGAUUCAAGGACUCGUGGUCCAUGCCUAUCGUACCCGCAAGACGGCGCAAAGAGAAAUGUCUCGGUUCCUCGCUCGGAGAAAACAGCGGAAGCUCUCAUGGGUGGGAGUUCAUGACGAACAGCCGUAUUCUUAUCUGAGAGAAGCGAUGGUGUCAAAACUCAUGAAAGGCAUAUGCAAUCCAGAAGAGGUGAUCCAUGAAUUCCAGGAAGUUGAGAUCAGUGUUGAUCCCGCACGCGAGCCCUAUAUCAAAGAACAGGUGGGCAGUUGGAGAUUUUCGGCCCACGAGUUCACCGAAGACGAGCUGGUAUUUGGUGCUUGCGAGAUGAUCGCACAUGCUCUCACUAUGCCAGGAUUAGACCAAUGGCGGCUGACGCCCGAUGAACUGCAAACAUUCCUCCUCGCUUGUCGCUCCGCCUACAACUCCUUUGUCCUCUACCACAACUUCCGCCAUGCCAUCGAUGUGCUACAAUCUGUAUUCUGCUUCUUGUUGCACAUCGGUGCUCUACCUCCUUAUCAACAGACCGACCAGGAACACAUUCCCGAAUCCCCAAUCGCAUCCCUCCUCUCGCCAUUUGACGCUCUCACCCUCCUCAUCUCAGCCAUUGGCCACGACGUCGGUCACCCCGGUGUCAACAACUUCUUCCUCGUCAAACUCAAUGCACCCCUGGCACAACUCUACAAUGACAACUCUGUAUUAGAAGCUUUCCACUGCGCCGCCUUUUCCCAAAUUCUGCGCCGACACUGGCCGUCAGCAUUCAAGGAUAAGCAGCUCCGGAAACUUCUCAUCAGCUCGAUCUUGGCAACGGACAUGGGCGUUCACCAAAAGUUCAUGCAGCGAAUGGGCUCAUUCCAAGAGAAAUUCUACGAAAACGGCAAAUCUGUGGAUGGGUGGAAGCCACAGGACGUCGACAUGUACAAGACUCUAGUCUGCGGCCUGUUGAUCAAGUGCGCCGACAUCAGUAAUGUGGCACGGCCUUGGAAGGUCGCCGAAAAGUGGACCUUGAUAUUGCAAGAAGAGUUCGCCAACCAGGGUGAAAUGGAACGGGAAGUGGGAAUGGAAACCGCGCUAUUUGGUGGUCCCCCUGAGCUUGGAAACAUUUACAAACUGGCCACCAGCCAAAUUGGAUUUAUGUCAAUAUUUGCUCUUCCACUAUUCGAGGGCAUCUCCGAUCUUCUGCCGCCAUUGCAGUUUACUGCAGAGCACAUUCGUCGCAACCAGGCUCAGUGGCAGGAACUUUCCAAUGAGCAGCUGAAGAAGCAAGGUUUGCCGGUCGAGAAACGGUCUGAAAUCACAGUCUCGCCUCGAUCUUAUAGUCCUGCAUCCCGGUCUACCAACACCGAGAAACUGCUCUUCGAAUCUGGUGAUGGUGCGGGUGAUCCGCUUACAUCGCCUGAGGCAUCCACAGACGUGGGCUCGGACGGUGCCCCGUACAAUGAAAACACCAUUCAACCAGUGGUAUCGCCAGACACCGAUGGCCCUCAGAUUGAGAUCACUGGCACCCCUCUCGCCCCAGCUGCCGAAAUACCCUCUCGCAAAUCCUCGAACGCCAUGCCGGAUUUCUCAUAUUUCUCUAUCCCAGGGGCCCCGGGGUCUGCUCGUGGGUCAGUCGGCACCCAGAUCCACACUCCUCUUGCCGAACAAGCCAAUGCCACCGAUGACCCGGCUGUUCUAGCGGCUGUUUUGUAUGCCAACUCUGCGGCGAGCGCAGGCACUCCUCUGGCGACAGUGGGGCGCGACCAGGCGCCUGAAGCCGAAAGACCAAGCAGCUCUCGCCAAGCUCAACCACAGGGCUCUCAGCGUCACCAUGCCCACCACAGCUCCUCUGCCCGCACUGGCUCGAACCGUAACAGUUGCACUCGGACGCAGAGCACAUACAGCAACAACAUGACUCCCAUCUCUCCGGCAACCAACGCCACAAGCUUCUUAGCCGUGGAUAGCGGCGACGAAAAGCGCAUUUCCGGGGAAAGUGCGGCACACAGUGAUCUUGGGGGACCAGAUGAUAAUAGCACACGACCCAGCACCGCGGAUGCGUAUCCUUCGGGUGCAUCUGAGCCUGCAGGUCGUUAUAGCCCAGACCGCCACUAUGGCCACCGCCAUGGUACAUCGCGGUCCGAAGACGGUGCCAGCAAAGACUUCUCUCGAAUGGUACCUAAUGGAACCUCAAGCUCAGCCCAGUCAACGACUACUGGCGAGAGCGGCAAAAACGAAGGCUUGCAAACAGACGACUCCCGCGGCGAACGUCGCAAGCUUCCCAAGAAGCGGAGUCGUCUUCGCCUUGCUUUCUGGAAGCGUCGCAACCAUUCACACGAGGUCCGUGGCGAGACAUGA